AGAAGAAGAAUCACGGAAGAGGGGAAAGGUUUCCUGACGGAUCACCGGGCUAACAGCUAACAGCUAACAGAGAUAACUUUCCGUCUGAAGAGCGAUUUAAUCCGGUUACAGUGACACACACAUCCGGACCGAAGCAUCAAGAUGACAGCCGCACCUUACAACUACUCCUACAUCUUCAAGUACAUCAUCAUCGGUGAUAUGGGAGUAGGGAAGUCAUGUUUGCUGCACCAGUUCACAGAGAAAAAAUUCAUGGCGGACUGUCCUCACACCAUCGGGGUGGAGUUUGGGACGAGGAUCAUGGAGGUCCACGGUCAGAAGGUGAAGCUGCAGAUCUGGGACACUGCCGGUCAGGAGCGUUUCAGGGCCGUCACCAGGUCCUAUUACAGAGGGGCCGCCGGGGCCCUCAUGGUGUAUGACAUCACCAGGAGAAGCACUUAUAAUCACCUGAGCAGCUGGUUGACAGACGCCAGGAACCUGACCAACCCAAACACAGUGAUCAUUCUGAUCGGUAACAAGGCCGAUCUGGAGGCUCAGAGAGACGUGACGUACGAGGAGGCCAAACAGUUUGCUGAAGAGAACGGUUUGCUGUUUCUAGAGGCCAGCGCUAAGACAGGGGAGAAUGUGGAAGAGGCCUUCCUGGAGGCGGCAAAGAGGAUUUACCAGAACAUCCAAGAUGGCAGUCUGGACCUGAAUGCUGCCGAGUCGGGAGUCCAGCACAAACCUUCUGCGCCGCAGGGAGGCCGUCUCAACGCCGACAGCCAGCCGCCCAAAGAAGGUUGCAGCUGCUAACCUCAGACAGAAACUACAGACCCAUCAAACGGACGGACGGACAGAGACAGAUACACGGAGGUCCCCCUCUCCACCGGGCACCGAUAUUCUUCUACCCAGAUUGUGUCACACAGGAUUUAUCUGGGUUACAUUUAACAUAGCAGCCCGACCACCUGUUGUCCAGACCUCAUUUCAGAACCCAAAACAAGAUUCAACCAAUCCUCCACACAAUAAAUCAGGACUCCAGAAUCCAGAACUAUCCACCUCUGGAUCAGUCUCACAUUUGGAUCAGUGUUGGACAAUAUGAAUCCCUCAGCAUUAAUCCCAACCACUCUUUGUCCACACCUGGAUCACACUGAGUCUCCUUCCAGCUCACUCACUAUGCCACAAUCCAGUCUCUCUUCAGCCCACUUUCAGGCACGCAUGGGCCAAACCAAGGCCAAUCUGGACUUUUCGAAGCCCAGAAUAUAACAGUGUUCCACCCAGCACCAAAAACCCCUUUUUUCCAGGAUUGGGCUCCCCUUCCGACUCUGGAACACUGUUCCAACUCAAGGACAGCGCCAAGGACCGAUCCAGAGCCUGUGCUUUAGCUGGACCAUACCUAGUCCAAAUUUAGACUGCCUUCAGCCCACAUCCAGACACGCUUGGUUCUAACCCAGAACCUGAUAUCUCUUUUCCCCUACACUGGACUAACACCCACCCGAGAACGCUCUUGGCCCGGCUCAAACAAGAGUUAAAAAUGGGACUACACUCAUCCAGGUUGAAGAUAUGAGGCUCAAAUUUGGACCAAACCAAAAAGGGCGUCGCCUUACCUCUAAAUCCAGAUAUUGCAAUGGACAGAUCCAGAGCCGAUUCUUCAGAUGGACCAUCUGGGGUCCAAGUCGAGCCUUCAGGUCACAUCCAGGCACAGUUGACCUCAAGGUACACUAAGCGGGAGGAUCUCCAGACAACCCUUUUCCUGGACUACCUUCCAGAGUCUGGAGCCCCAUUGGCUCACAGUGAAUCACGUGAAAUCCAAACUUGGUCCGUCCCUCAAAUUUGGACUCCCCUUGUCCAGCGAGACCAGUGAAGAUACAAGGUUCAAAUUCUGAAAUCCACAUCCUUGGCUCAAGUCGGACUGCUCUCGGUCCAAAUCGAGGACCACCGAAAUCUUAAAACCUCGACCUCGGGGUCAAAUUCAGCUAUAAUCUGAUCUGAUACAAAUCCAGUUCCUAACAUCCAGUUCUGACAUUCAUUCUUCGACGAACUUUAGGAUUUAUAUUCGUACUUAUGUCCUAUACGUGUGUGAUAGCCCAUCAAAAAUCAUAAAAUCUUACACAGAGCGACCGGGACACCUGGACUCGCCUCCUUCCUUCUUCACAGAAAAUAUUUCUUCCUCUGUUCGAGUUGAAGUUCCUCAUCUCACUUGUUCCUCAUCCGGGAGUUUCCCAACGACGCUCUCCAACAAAACUGGCUUCGAGCUGCCGGCCGGAGGAUUUGGUCCAUUAGAUCAAUGUGGACUUUGUCGCAUUUACACCAUGUGGGUAUUAUGGAUCAGAAGUAGUUGUUGAUGUGGACCAGAGAAACUGUUGUUGGAUUUUGGUUAAAGGGGUGCUCCACUGAUUUUAAAAAUAACUGAGUUUGUAAGACGGGGGCAUUCACGUCUACUGAAAGACGCUAUUGCUUUAUGGAAAUUGUCGGAUCCAGGGAUUUGGAUUUGAACCUGUAUUAGUUACUAAAAGUCAGGAUAUCUCGGCUUUUGCUGCUUCAGUUUUGAGUCUCUUGUAAGUAACUAAACAAUGUAGUUUGCAUGACAUUUUAAAUCGUUGGAGUUCCCCUUUAAUCCGAGUCGGAAGAAGGGGAAAAACAUCGGAAAAUGACGAAAGAAUAGAGUUAGUACACAUAAACCCACAUGUAAACACACAAGUUUAUACAUGAAAAGCAUUAAUACACAGGUUACAGGUCUUUAUACAGGGUUUCUGGCGGGGUUCAGCAGGUUCAACCUUUUUAAGAUCUUUAUGAAUCCGAUUAAAAACAAUUUUACUGGCAAACAAAAAGUAUGAACGAUAUGAAAUCAGCAUUGGUUCCAUGUUGGCUUUGUUUAGUAGUUGUUACAGCAUGAUCAAUACAAAAUCUCCCUAAAAAAACAUAUAGUAAAGUUAACUUCAGUAAUCGCAUACAUUUUUAAGACCUGUUAGUAAUAUAAAAGACAUUUUUUAAAGCCUAAAAUUCAGAUUAUUUGAUUUUAGACUUUUUAAGGUCCUGCAGAUACUUCUAUACGAAUCCAAGAUCAAAUUGUUCGUAAAGUAUCUGAGGACACUAAGAUCAAUUUAAAGGACCAGUGUGCAACAUUUUAGUGACAUCUAGUGGUGAAGUUGCAGAUUGCAACCAUUUGAAUACUACUCGCCUUCCAAACGUAGAGAAACACGGCGGACUCUAUUAUUAGGUAAUGAAAAGGUGAUUAUACACGAAUGAAAACAUAACUCUAGAUAUUAUAUUAAUGUUACACACUGGAGCUUUAAACUGAACAUUAUCUGGACCCGACCUUACCUGGGUCGUGGGUCAGGCCUCUGAACCGAGUGAACCCCCGACUCAAAUCCACCGUCACUGCGUCGGCACACUUUGCCUUUUUGAAAACAUUUUAACUAAAUAACUUUGUCCAAAGCGACUGAUUGAUUAUUGAUCACUCUGUGGAGAGGUAAAGCAACUGAUUGAUUGAUUGAUUGAUUGAUUGAUUAAUUAUUGAUCACUCUGUGGAGAGGUAAAGCGACUGAUUGAUGAAGGUCAUGAUGAAGAAAGAAAAUGACUUACCUGAACCAGAAUGUCACUACUGGUCCCCCCCCCAGUGGAUCACAAGUUCAGGAUAGAUUUUUAUUACAUUUUUCUUGUUAUUGUUGAUUUUAUUUUUUUUCUAACGUGUUUCCAAAUAUAUAUACAGUAUAUUUCCAAUGUCACAGCUCCCCCUAGUGGCCAUUUCUUCCUGGUUUAGUGCCGAUUGAGGGCAAGAAAAAUGGCACCAGUGGAAGCAACGCAGAUUCUUUUAAUUUAUUACUGCCUAUUUUUGUUUUGUUUGUUUGUUUUUCUUUUUAAUGUUAGGCCGAGAUUACACUUUACUUGAAUGUGUUACUCUGGUGUCUGGUUCAUUACUAAGCCCCGCCCCUUUUUGUUAUGUGCUCCAAUAACAGUUGAGCUAGCCUCGGCCCACGUCCUCCUGUCCUGUACUUAGAUAUGCUUUGUGCUAGGUUAAUCUUUUGUUGAAAGGCCACCACAUUUUGAAGAUGUUUAAAAGAUAAGAGACAUUUUAAAUGGUCACAUCUUAAGUCAGCUAAUGUUAGCAUAAGAUGGCUAACUAGCUAAUUAGCAAGGGUUGUGCUCUGUAGCCAAACAUAAGUUAACUAGUUAAAGAUUUAUGUAGAUUAACCAGCUAGUUAACUGUGGGUUUUGUCAGCAUCCUCAGGUACAGGAAAGGAGGAAGUUGACCGAAGCUAGCUCAACUUUUAUUGGACCACAGCAAAAAGGGGCGGGGCUUAAGAAGGCUCAGUUGUUGGGAAGGUGUCACACGUCUUACGUCCUCGUAGUUCACGUAGAAACUAAACUGAAUAUCGUUUAGCUCUGCGUUAGGAGACACAUUAUUACGCUCGAUAUCUUAAAGAAACAGAAACAUUUUGCCUUCCAAUCAAACGUCAGACUGUCUCCGGAGAUCCGGUCCAACUCAAAAUGUCCCCGAGCCUUGUUAUCCUGAAGUGCUUUAACAUUUCCUCCACUGUCACUGUUAAUCAUCAGCUAACAGUAAUUCAUGUGUGAGACCUCGGCGCUACAUGAACCAGUCGAACAGGAUCAGUCAGUAAAUUUAAUUCCUUAAGAAGCAUUCCAGCACAAAACAGGAAGACCGACAGUGUAAACUUUAUUUAAACAUAUUUAAAGUUGUAUUUACUGCGUUUGUGGUCACUAGAGGAGAAAGGAAAAAAAACCAAAACAAGCUAACGGAUGCGCACAAAGAAUAAAAUGUAAUAUUUCAUUUGAUUCAGUGUUUUAAAAGAAAUCAGUUAACGCAGAUAUUAUAUGAUUCUGCUCUUUCUCUGAUGGAUUAACGUCAGAUUUACACUAAAUCGAUCAGCUCGAGCUUCCUGUUGGUGUUCAGGGUCUCUCAAACAUUCAGUGAUACUUUCACUACCAAGAGGGAGAUUUUUAAAAACCCUGAGAAAUGUUUCCCCCUCGAGGUCCAGAUGAGUCUCAGAAGCAACAAAUGUCACCAAAAAACUGUUCGAGGAAUCAAAAUAUAAAUUACUACACAAGUGAUAAAAGUAGUGACGUAAAAAUGAAUCAGUCGGCAGUUUAAUCUUUUAUCUGCGUUAAAGUUUCUGUGUUUAUAAAACUGGGAGAGAGCAAAGUAAGAAAUAUAUGAAUAUCCAGUAAAAUGUAAAUGUUUGUGUUUCAGUGUGGAAAAAGUACAAUUCAGAAUUAUAAAAGUUCAAUAAUGAGAAAUUAAUUCACCAAUAAUCAUGAUUUAAAAUCAACCUUUAGUAUUUUUUGUUAAAGAUGAUGAUUUGAAUGUUUUAAUGUCAUAAAGUCUUAAUUUUACUGUCGUUCAUUGUAGUUUGUGAAGGCCUUGAUGUUUCUCAGUGACAUUUGUCUCCUCUGGGACUCCGUACUGUCGCUGUGGUUGUGUUUGACACCCCCCCCCCCGUCCUCUGUGAUACCGCGGUUCAGAUUCUGGUCUGGUGAGUCUCGCUCAGAUCCCGUGUACAUAUCCAGUCCGAGGACUCCUGGACCACGUUUACCUGCGUGUCCACAUCUGUCUGAACGGGGAGUGACCGCUGUGAUUUUACUCUUCGCUGUCCUCUGAUUGGUCGACAGCUAGCCGCCUUCUUCUACUGUGAUGCUUGAUUUCUGAAUGAAGCCCCUCCCUCACUGUAAAGCUCAAUACAUCGGACUCACAGUCUCUUCUUAAUAACCUGCACGCUGCGUUUGCUGGGGGUGGGAGAAGAAGUCAGUUUAAUUUCCUUGUUGAUGCUUGUGUGUUUUUAAAACUUUACUCUGGAAGAUUUUAACAAGUUUCCAGAAACCAAAGGGUCACAAAACGACUAAUUCCCAUAAAAACCUUCACGUUGUGACCGCCGCCUUAAGCUUCUCUCGCCAAAGGAAAGCAAAAUAUUCAAAAAGUGAUUAAAAAUGCGACAGGAGAGCGAGCAGUUGCCAUAACUGUAGGCGCCAAAAUCUGUCGGUUUAAUUAUUCAGUCCCUCCAGGAAGUUGCAAUUAACGCGAACUCAACCAAUCCUUGUGAAUUCUGAACGACUUUGACCAGUUACAGCAAAAACAUUGAGCCAGACGUCACACAUUUGUUAAAUUUUCACUUUUCCUCACAAUUAAAUUGCAGAAAAAAUCUAAAAAUAUCGUAACGUGCAGCUCAGUGUUUGAGUUUUAGGCCGCAACAAUCCCAAAACGUUGAUCCGUACGUCACCAUCAUACGUGUUUGUUGCAGUUCUCACAAACAAUUUUUCACUUUUUCACACAGUUUAAAUGCAAAAAAAAAUGCCUUAGAAAUAUCGCAGUUUUUUUUUAGAAGAUGCCAUAAAAUCUGGUAUUUUCAGCUGCAACAAUCUGCCGUAAACAUCGUGUGAAAUCCUGGAGGGACUGAGCGAUCAAUGACCUGGAACAUCUUCAAAUAGACUGAAAUUGUAGAAAACAGCUGUGCACUGAGGUUUUAAAUUAUUCACUAUGUUUGUAGCAUUUCAAACCCUGAUAGUGAUCGGCCAGACGGAGGCGCUGUAAUCAGUUCGACCCCCGCUCGCUGGCUGGAACAUGACUCUGUACAUUUAUUUUCUUUCUGUAACGUCUGUUGAUUUUCUGUCUGCUAAAGUAACAAACAUGCUUUUUAUGAUUCUUUGACUAUUUAUAUUCUAAAUCUGUGUUGAUUUUCUUCAGCUGUACGUUGUCAUUGUACGACCACAGGGAUUCAGUUCUUUGUAAAUAAAGUAUAUAUACUGUAUAUA